AUGGUCUACCCAGACACGUUCGAGGGCUUCCAGAUCGAGGACCCCAAGCGCUGGACGGAUUUCAAGCUCAACAAGCUGACGCCAAAGCCGUUCGGGGACUUUGAUGUCGAUGUCAAGAUCCAGGCGUGCGGCGUCUGCGCGAGCGAUUUGCAUACCGUCUCUGGCGGGUGGGGAGAGCAGCAUUUCCCGCUGUGUGUUGGGCAUGAGAUUGUUGGUACGGCCCUCCGCGUUGGGCCUAAGGUCACCCUUGUCAAAGUCGGCCAGAGGGUGGGCGUGGGCGCUCAAUCGUACUCUUGCCUUGAUUGUAGACAGUGCAAGAAUGACAAUGAGACGUACUGUCGCCAUCAGCUGGACACGUACGGUGCGAAGUGGCCCGACACCGGGAUCAUCUCUCAGGGGGGAUACUCUUCUCACGUUCGCACGCAUGAGCACUGGGUCUUCCCCAUCCCCGACGGCCUCUCAACCGCAAAGGCAGCACCUAUGCUCUGCGCCGGCCUCACCGCCUACAGCCCGCUCGUCCGCAACGGCGCGGGUCCGGGCAAGAAGGUUGGCGUCGUCGGCAUGGGCGGCAUCGGUCACUUCGGGCUCCUAUUCUCCAAAGCGCUCGGUGCCGAGACGUGGGCCAUCUCCCGCACGCACUCCAAGGAAGCCGACGCCCUGAAGAUGGGCGCCGACGGCUUCCUGGCCACGGUCGACAGGGAAUGGAACAAGGAGCACGUCAUGACCUUUGACCUGAUCAUCUGCACGGCGAGCAGUACAGAGGGCAUGGAUCUAGGGGCGUACUUGCAGCUGCUGGACGUGCAUGGACGGUUCGUGAGUGUGGGCCUGCCGGAGGGGAGCGGGCAGGAGGUGAAGGCGCAGGAUUUCUUGAGUAAUGGGUGCUUGAUCGGGGCGAGCCAUCUUGGGAGUCGGAAGGAGACGUUGGCUAUGUUGCAGUUGGCGGUGGAGAAGGGAGUGGAGAGCUGGGUGGAAGAGAUUAAGAUUUCGAAGGAGGGGUUGAAGGAGGCGCUGACGAGGGUACACAACAAUGAUGUGAAAUACCGGUUUACGCUGACCGGGUAUGAGGAGAUGUUUGGUGCGUAG